CGGAUGUUUUCUUUUUAUAGGCCCUUUAAUGAAAUGAUUGUAUAAAAGUAAAACCCUUAAUCGGAUCCUCCAGCAAUUUUCCCUCCAAACCAGAAAACCCUCCAAAUCUCACCGGUCGGAGAUUCCUUCUCUUCCGACUGAUAAUGGCGUCUUCUUCAUCAACCUCUACCGGUGACGGAUACAAUGAACCAUGGGUGGAGAAAUACAGGCCGAGCAAAGUAGUCGAUAUCGUUGGAAACGAAGACGCCGUCUCCAGACUUCAAGUCAUUGCUCGCGACGGCAACAUGCCUAAUCUUAUCCUUUCCGGUCCUCCUGGAACAGGUAAAACCACAAGCAUUUUGGCUCUUGCUCAUGAGCUCCUUGGCACGAAUUACAAGGAGGCUGUUCUGGAGUUGAAUGCAUCUGAUGAUAGGGGUAUUGAUGUUGUAAGGAACAAAAUUAAGAUGUUUGCGCAGAAGAAAGUAACACUUCCUCCAGGGCGUCAUAAGGUUGUUAUCCUAGAUGAAGCUGACAGUAUGACAUCUGGAGCACAACAAGCAUUGAGGAGAACGAUUGAAAUCUAUUCGAACUCUACGCGGUUUGCACUUGCUUGUAAUACAUCAGCCAAGAUUAUUGAGCCCAUUCAGAGUAGAUGUGCCUUAGUUCGAUUCUCUAGAUUAUCUGAUCAGCAGAUACUAGGCCGUCUCUUGGUGGUGGUUGCAGCAGAGAAAGUUCCGUAUGUGCCUGAAGGCCUUGAGGCGAUAAUCUUUACAGCUGAUGGUGACAUGAGGCAAGCUCUGAACAACUUGCAAGCCACAUUCAGCGGGUUUUCGUUUGUCAACCAAGAAAACGUCUUCAAGGUCUGUGACCAGCCUCACCCGCUUCAUGUCAAGAACAUUGUUCGCAAUGUGUUGGAAAGUAAGUUUGACAUCGCCUGUGACGGCUUAAAGCAGCUCUAUGAUUUGGGCUACUCUCCAACCGACAUUAUCACAACGCUUUUCCGUAUAAUAAAGAAUUACGAUAUGGCUGAGUAUCUGAAACUUGAGUUCAUGAAGGAAACUGGAUUUGCGCAUAUGAGAAUCUGUGAUGGAGUUGGAUCUUAUCUUCAGCUAUGUGGUCUUCUGGCUAAGUUAUCCAUUGUUCGUGAAACAGCGAAAGCACCUUAAGUUAGGUAACUUCCACUCAUCUCUAGUGAUGAACUGGUGGCCGGUCUAUGUUUAAACCAAGUUGGUUAAAUCUCGUUGUUUGAGAAUUCGGAUAGAUGUUGGAACUUCCAUGCUGUAUUGCUCUGUUUUCUAGAUUUGAAUUGCUUGUGAAUGUUUCUGAAUAUUAAGCUUAAUCCUAACCAGUUUGGUAUACCAACACAUUUUUUUAUAUAAUACCAUGCUAUUUGUUUAAAU